AGAUCAUCUUCACACGAAAUCUCAUGACUCAAUGUUCACUAAUGAAUUCCCAGCAAAAUUACAACCAAAGGCUUUCAGCAAACAAACGUAUAAUUCCUAAACAAACAAAAAUCCGAAUUUUUUUCGUAACUUCGAUUUAUCCUUUUGUUUUGCUUUUGUCGACCUUAAGGAAUUAGAGUAUUAUUUUAAUGACCAACGCUUUACGGCUGAAGUUUUAUAGGACAUCGUGUGCAGACUGUGCAGGGACAUGGCACGGAAUGUUUCCUCAAACCUCCCUUUCUCUCUGCACGUAUUGCGACAGAUGUACAACGUUCUUUGAGUUUAAGCGAGAUGAUUGGAAGUUUGUAAUCUUUAGUAAUUUUGGAUACUUUUUAGGUAAUCACUUUUAUAUUUCUAGCAAUCAUAUUGUGAUUUAUGAAUAAUAACUGAUGGCUGUCAAAAAAUGACUUAGGAGUCAUCGCGAGCCCAGUCAAGUCUAAACAAAGCUGGAAAUACUCGCUGAACUAGAACUCGCUUCGUUCGGUAAGGCUAAGAUCUAGAUUGGUUGGAAAUCAUUUCAUGGAUGGAUUCGAUUAUGAAUUCAAGUUUUGUUGCACGAAAUGAAAGCAGAAUUUGUGACUAUCUGCCAUUUACCGUCAACAUGGUUUCAUACGUUGCAACCAGAGGGACUCUAUCGACUACUGUAUUAAGUUGUGUAUUCAACGGCUUAACAUUACCAUUCACGUUAAUCGCAAACAUCCUUGUCUUUGUCGCUGUUUUGAGGAAACUAGAGCUCCGUACGGUUCACAACACAUCUAUCUUAUUCUUGGCAGCGACGGAUUUACUAGUAGCUUCGAUUGCGCAACCAGCAUUCGUGGUGUACCAGGGAAGUAAGCUUCAAGAAAGUUCAUUCUCGUGCGAGGCUUUAGCAGUUUACACCAGUACUGUAUUCAUCUGUACAGGACUGUCAAUCUUGACUCUUAUCUUCAUCACUCUGGAGAGAUACUUUGCUAUAUUCUAUCCCUUCAAAUACCAACAUUUAGUCACGACCGAACGAACAGUUUUCCUGAUUGUCGUGGUAUGGAUUCUUUGGGUCAUCUUCAUCUCCUUAGUACGCUUCACACCUGGUACAACUACAUCAACACUCAGUAUCAUCGCCAGCAUCUUAAUCCUCACAAGUAUACUCAUAACUGUUUUCGUUUAUUACAAAGUUCAAAAACUCGUCAUCAGAAAUCGUAGAACUAUCUCGGCCUCAACUUCAGGCGUAUCAGAGACGAGCGGUGAAGAUAGCAGACGACGAAGAAGCAUCCCAGAGACCAAGACUUCCCGGACAGCUGCUUGGCUGACCGGGUCUUUGGUACUAUGUUUACUGCCAACUUUGAUCACUUCUUCUGUCUUCCAGGCAAAAGUAACGAAUAAUGUUACUUUGUAUCACGUUAUCUACCCACUAACUGACACAGCAAUUUUGUUAAACUCCACUCUUAAUCCAUUUAUUUAUGUUUUUCGAAGUGAGAGUAUUCGCAGGAGUAUUAGGGAGAUCUUUAGACGAUCUGCUUGAACUGAAUUUGCGGGAAACGCGAGUAUGGAAUAAAAAAGCCUGGAAAGACAGCUCAACGCCGCACCCGGCAGCUUGCAGUAAAUACAUUGUGACAAAAAACUGUGCCGGAAAUAUGUAAAAUAAAAGAGAACUGCAUAUAAAAGGAUCAACCGAUAAUGAUGAUAACGGCAGGGGAAAAAAACAACUCUGGAUCGAGAUAGCAGAUGGUAUCAUGGGGAAAAAGGAAGAAAGAAAUAGUCAAGUUAUGUACUUGGAUAAAUGAAAGAUAAACAUGUGAAUAACCAAUUUAAAAUAAGGCUGUUAAUAUUUAAAAUGCGAAAAUGUAAACUUAGUUAAAAAAGAUAUAAAACUUUUCAGAACAUGAAAGGACAUGGACCGCAAGAUUCAGGAUGAAUAAAGCGAGUUUCGACAAAUACGACUUUGCAGGAACAAAACUUGGCACGAAAAAAAAAAAAAAAAAA